UGUCCUGACCCGAGCACAGCUCAUCCAGGCCCCGGCCGCCUUUAUAAGACGCGGCUGUCGUGACACGAGCACAGUUCAUUCGAACGUCAGGCAAGCAGCACGGAGCACCUCUCUGCGAUCUGGGAACUGCCCGCUCGACGAUAACUUAGGAACGCAAGACAUACAGAAGCGAGAGAUGGCGCUGGGACUUGUGUUGGCAGUGCUGAUGGUCACGGAGGCGGUCAGUGUUCUGCCACCGAUCGAUCCUUCACUCUGCGCGUCAGCCGCUGACGGUGUAGUGCACUGCGCCAGUUGCCUGCAGCAGUACCUAUGUCAGGGCAAGCAACCUGUCCCGCUGCCGCAGUGCUUCACCGGAACUGUGUGCGAAGAGGUCAAAACAAAUGCUGCUCAAUGUGUGCCGAUAGCGUCGGCCACUGCAUGCAAAUGCACUAGCGACAUCUGCGAUGAAUACAACUCGAAUUUCUCGGCCACGUGUAACGCAGGUGGCGUUACCAACAUUCAAGACUGCACAGUUGCCAACCCGGGUUCCGGAGACUGCUUUAGGGGUGACUGUAUUGACUGCACAAAUCUCGGUUUACUUAAACCCGUAUAUGAAGUUCUACCUCCGGCGUGUACAGUCGCUUACCAAUGCGACAGAGGGUUGGUUUCGACUUCCAAUCCAGUGGAAUGUCCGACGGGACAGUACGUGGCAAAAGAUGGUACCUGCGUCUCGAAGCCUCCCGUACCUUGCGACCCUGCAAACUUGUGUACUGGUAGGUGUCCGGACCUGACGAACUGUGCGCAGUACUACUUCUGCGAUCCUAAUGGAGGUGAACCAGGAGGCGCUUAUUCGUGUGGCCUGAACUCCUACUUCGAUCCCGUGACUCGGUUAUGUGAGACUGGAAGUUCUAGUGUGUGCGAUCCAUGGACCAAAUGUGACUUGAGUGCACCAGCAACAACACCAAUAGCAACAGCACCAAUAACAACAUCACCACCAGCAGACAAUUUUCAGGUGUAACAGCACUACUCCAGUAGUUGACGGUUGACCCCGAAUAUUUGAAGUUGAUACAUUGUAUGAAUUAGUCUCAAUUGUUUCACGAGAACUUGUAAUAAAGAGAUUUAAUCAUU